AUGGUAGCAUCGGACAUUAAGAACUCCGACGACCUCAUCCGUGCCUUCGGGCAGCUCUCCUUGGAUGAGCAGGCCUCGGCCCUCACUGCCCUCCGAAUCAGAAUGAGCGCUGCCGCACCCAGCGCCAUCGCCCCUGCCCCUGCCCCUGCCUUCUCAGUGAGGCCCAAGAUCCCACUCCCCGAACCCUUCACCGGUGUUCGGAAGGCUGGAGUAGUCGAGGAGUUCAUCCUCUCGAUGAACGAGUACAUCGACUACUACCAGCUCGACGAUGACGUUGCCGUCCGCAACAUCACCAUGAACCUCCGUGGCACCGCCAAGUCCUGGUGGCGCCUCUACGCCCAGAGGUACCCCGGGGAGGCAGCCAACAUGACCCCCGAGAUUCUGUAG